CUGAUUCCAGCAGCUGGCAGCAAUACCGGCAGUGACGCGAUGACGCCUGGCGAGACACACCCGCUGGCCAAAUCGUACAUUGGGCUGGCUCACACGGCUUGGUAGGAUCCAAGUCCCGCCGCGGAUUGGUCCGGGCUCCCAAGCACUCUGCCCGCCGGUCAAUUGCCGAUGGCGGCUUGUUUGAGUGUGACGGAGACGACGAGUUAAACUACCAUGGGGACACAGAUGAUCACGAUAACGCAGAUCUGGACCUGCCGCUGCUGCGGCAUACCUGCGUCGACGCCCGAUAUCGUCAUGAUGCCCCUGCACCCUACGCAGUCCGGUCAACCAUGCAUGGCCAAAAAGCCAGACGCAUUUUAUGAGCACCUGCUGUCGCUGUCACGCAGUGUGAAGGCACAUCGUUGGCUUAAGGAUGCCACGCAGCUACAUCCAAGCACCUUUGUCCAGGCGCGACAGUGCUGAGACCUCCAUUGAGCCGCAGCCGCAGAGUCAGUCGGUAACCUCCACACCGUCGCCACGCAUUGGCGGGCUGACACGACGGGACACGGCAUCUACUAUCGAUGCGCCUACUAGCAUUGGGCGGGUGCGGUCUGGGAGCCAAAAGCAGCCUGGCACAGUGCCUCGAUCGACUGCGCGUCGGCGGCAGCACAGCCAGUUUGCACAUGACCCAGCAACUCAGAUCCAGUGGCCGGUGUGGACUGACAGCAUCAACAUGCCCGGUACUCCUACAGGCUCGUUGGUGCAUAGCCGAGUGCUAAAUAUGUGGGCUCGGAUAUCUCGCAGCUGGCACCAUGCGCAUGGCCACAAGUACAGGGGCGAGCACAGGCGCGACAGCUCAUCCAGCUACUUUGGGCUGCCAAUCAAGCCAAGCAUGACGUACGGUGAAGGAACAGUGGCUCCAGGUGUAGCGUUACGGCCAGUGCCGCAGGUAAUGCCGCCGCCGGCUGUCGACUCUGAAAACGGGCUGCAUGGCAGCUCAGCAGCGGUCAUCAGUCAGCUCCUGAUGGAGCCCGCUUACUUGCAGCGUGGGUGCUCAGAGUCUGGCCGCCGUGAAUCGCCCAACGACGCCUUUUCAGCCAUAUACCACAUAUCCAACUACUCCAGCGUGCAGUCGCCUCACGAGUCAUCGCAAGCGUCAGUACCCGUAUCAGCUGUACAAACCCGAGAUGCAGUCAGCUAGUUUGGAGCCAGGCCUGCAGACGUUGAACUAAAGGCGCCAGUACUAUCAACCAGCAACUAGUGCCGGUAUCCGCAGCACCCUGUAUUCGUCUCCACCACGC